AUCUGAUGCUCCAGAGAGAGGCGGCGGCCCAGCCCUGCUUUGGGCUGCUGUCGAGGAGGCCGGAGCCCUGGGAGAGGAUGCGCUCGGAGGAGCCGCCUGGGCCCGCGGGAGCCUGCUGCACUUGAGAUGGAGUUAUUGCCUCUCUGGCUCUGCCUUGGUUUUCACUUCUUGACAGUGGAAUGGAGGACCCGAAGUGGAGUAGCCACAGCUGCUUGCCAAAGGUGCUGCAAGUUGGUCGAUGGAGUCGCUGACUGUCGAGAGCAGAAUCUUGCUGCAGUGCCCAGCAAUCUCCCUCCCCACUCACAGACGCUCAUCCUAGAUGCCAACCCUCUCAAGACCCUGUGGAAUCAUUCCCUCCAGCUUUACCCGCUCCUGGAGAACCUCAGUCUGCACAGCUGUCACCUGGAGCGCAUUGGUCGUGAGGCCUUCCUGGGGCAGGCCCGCCUGCGCAGCCUGGCGCUGCCUGACAAUUCCCUCUCGGAGAGCUACAAGGAGACGGCAGCUGCCUUCCACAGCCUGCGGGCCCUGCGGAGGCUGGACUUGUCGGGGAACUCCCUGACGGAAGACAUGGCGGCCCUCAUGCUCCAGAACCUCUCUUCACUGGAGUCUGUGUCCCUGGCGAGGAACACCAUCAUGAGGCUGGACGACUCCAUCUUUGAGGGCCUGGGGCACCUCCAGGAGCUGGAUUUGCAGAGGAACUACAUCUUUGAGAUCGAGGGUGGAGCCUUCGAAGGCUUGGCUGGGCUGAGACACCUCAACCUGGCCUAUAACAACCUCCCUUGCAUUGUGGACUUCAGCCUCACGCAGCUCCAGUCCCUCAAUGUCAGCUAUAAUAACCUGGAGUGGUUCCUGGCAUCAGGAGAAGGGGCUGCUUUUGAGCUGGAGGUGCUGGACCUCUCGCACAAUCAGCUGCUGUUUUUCCCACUCCUGCCCCAGUCCAGCAAGUUGCACACCCUCCUGCUGAGGGACAACAACAUGGGCUUCUACAAGGACCUGUACAACACCUCGUCGCCAAAGGAGAUGGUGGCCCAGUUCCUCCUUGUAGAUGGCAACAUAACCAACAUCACCACAGUUAACCUCUGGGAGGAGUUUGACUUCAGUGACCUUGCAGAUCUACGCUUCCUGGACCUGAGCCAGAACCAGUUCCAAUACCUGCCUGACGGCUUCCUAAGGAAGAUGUCUUCCCUCUCCCACCUGAACCUCAACCAGAAUUGCCUGAUGACGCUCCACAUUGGGGAGCACGAGCCCCCAGGAGCGCUCCUGGAGCUGGACCUGAGCCAGAACCAGCUGUCGGAGCUGCACUUGGCUCCCGGGAUCCCCGGCUGCCUAAAGAGCCUCCGGUCGUUCAACCUGAGCUCCAACCAGCUCCUGAGUGUCCCUACCGGCCUUUUUGCUGAUGCCGGUAACAUCACUACAGUUGACAUGAGCCACAAUCAGAUCUCACUUUGUCCCCAGCCAGCUGGUUUAGACGGCGUGGGCUCUCCCAGCUGUGUAGAUUUCAGGAACGUGGCAUCUUUGAGGAGCCUCUCUCUGGAGGGCUGUGGGCUGGGAGCAUUACAAGACUGCUCGUUCCAGGGGACUGCCCUCACCCACUUAGACCUUUCUGGAAACUGGGGGGUUCUGAAUGGGAGCACUACCCCUCUCCGGAAUAUUGCCCCCACAUUACAAGCCCUAUCUCUCAGGGAUGUGGGCCUCAGUGCCAGCUUCACGGAGUUGGACUUCUCUGGGUUUCGGAAUCUGAGGGACUUGGAUCUGUCCGGAAAUUCUUUGACCAGUUUCCCCAGAUUCAGGGGCAGCCUGGCUCUGCAGACCCUGGAUCUCCGCAGGAACUCGCUCACGGCCCUUCCCCAGGGGGCCAUGUCUUUGCAGCUCAUGACAAGUCUUCGGACCAUCUACCUCAGUCAGAAUCCGUAUGACUGCUGCAGGGUGGAGGGCUGGGGGGCCCUACAGAGUCUGCACACCAUCUCCGACUUGGCCAUGAUCACUUGCAACCUGUCCUCUAGGGUCGUUCGCUUGGUGGACCUGCCCAGCGGCAUGCCUCAGGACUGUAAGUGGGAAAGGGUGAACAUGGACCUGCUGUACCUUGUGCUCAUUCUCCCCAGCUGCCUCACCCUGCUGGUGGCCUGCACUAUCACCUUUUUCACUUUUAAGAAGCCUCUGCUUCAGGUAAUCAAGAGCCGCUGCCACUGGCCCUCCAUAUACUGACCUGGCUACGAUUCAAGGUCAGAAAUCUGGUCUGUGCUUGGAAAGACACAUGCUCUGCCAAAUUUCAAGAUCUGAUGCAGAGGACAAGUCUGAUGAACUGAGCUUUAAAUUAAAGUGUACCAGGUCACCAUUCCUUAGUCACUCCAAGUUCUCCCUCCGUCAUCAUGAUUCAUCCUUAUCAUCCUGGUAAAAUAUUUAUUAGUCGACAUGUUACACAAAUAAGAAACAUGUUUCAUAAAUAUUUUUAAAGUCAAACACAGCUUGCGUUUUUUUCUUUCUUUAAUGUUUUCUGGUAGUUUCACGUAGGUUAUUUUUCAGUGCCCUUUCCUUGAUGACAUCCAUGGAGCUGGUGAGAAAGGGUGGCGACUCAGUGCUCCCCCAUCGCAAAAAUGACUUCAAGAGCAUCUCCUGUGGAUGGUGAGGGUCAGUGCCCUGGGAGUCCACCAAAAAACAGAAUUUCAGAGCCGAGCUGGGGGUUCAGAGAUGAGAACUGUCACCUCCUAUCUUGGCUUGCAUUGCCACUGCAGGCAGAGUUCAUACCUGGAGUUGCUGGCAGGCAAACAUGAUCCUUCCAUGGAAAAGCGAACAGAACAGUAACUGAGCCCUGAGUUUAUCUGUGCAGUAAAUGGAA